AUUUUGAAGCAAGUUUUAUUCGCCUGAUUGACAAAGUGACCAAUGGCUCUAGGAUUGAAAUAAACCAAACAGGUACUACCUUGUAUUAUCAGCCUGGUCUUCUGUAUGGAGGCUCCUUGGAACAUGACUGCAGCCCCAGUCGUAGUAUUGGCUACUAUUUGGAAAGUCUGCUCUGCUUGGCACCUUUCAUGAAACAUCCAUUGAAGAUUGUCCUGAGGGGAGUAACAAAUGACCAAGUAGAUCCUUCGGUUGAUGUUCUUAAGGCAACGGCUCUACCCCUGCUGAAGAAGUUUGGAAUUGAUGGUGAAAGUCUGGAAAUCAAGAUCAACCGGAGAGGAAUGCCUCCCAAAGGUGGUGGAGAGAUACUGUUUGCUUGCCCAGUGAGAAAGGUCUUGCAGCCUGUUCAGUUCACAGACCCUGGCAAAAUCAAGCGCAUCAGAGGAACUGCAUACUCUGUCAGAGUGUCACCACAGAUGGCAAACAGAAUGGUGGAAUCUGCAAGGAGCAUCCUGAAUAAAUUCCUCCCAGAUAUUUAUAUCUGCACGGAUCAUAUGAAGGGGGUCAGCUCUGGAAAAUCGCCAGGUUUUGGCAUGUGCCUUACUGCAGAAACCAUCAAUGGUACUAUUCUCAGUGCUGAGCUAGCCUCAAACCCUCAGGGCCAGGGAACAGCUGUGCUUCCCGAGGAACUUGGCCAGAAUUGUGCUAAGCUGUUGCUUGAGGAGGUCUACAGGGGAGGCUGUGUAGAUUCAACAAAUCAGAGCCUUGCUCUGCUCCUCAUGACCCUUGGACAACGGGAUGUUUCCAAAGUCCUGUUAGGACCUCUGUCUCCAUACACAAUCGAGUUUCUGCGACACCUGAGAAGCUUCUUCCAGAUCAUGUUUAAAAUUGAAACAAAGACCCCUGAGGAAGAGCACAUGGGCGGGGAGAAAGUCUUAAUGACAUGUGUUGGCAUUGGAUUUUCCAAUCUUAGCAAAACUAUACGAUAAGAAACAUCUGCAGACUUCAUGAAACAGGGCAGCAGAAAAUGCUGCAGAGAUCUGAUAAAAUGGGCGUUUCCCUGCACUGUUCUG